AUGGCACCCAUGGCACAUCCCUUGGCGCAAUCGGAUUCUAAGGCCAGGUUCAUGAACCGGCUUGGACUAGAGGAAGCUAACAAGAUGCAUAGAUAUUUGUACUCACUAAUGAAGACUGAAGCCGCUGAAGGAUGGUCGAGAAUGACGAGCAACCGCGAAGCUCUUGCCCCGGCCUUCAAGGACAACCCUGCAGUGGAGCCACCUUACACAUUCAGCCAGCUUGAUGAAGCCGCUGUCAACAGCGAAAUUGUCUAUAUCUACCAUUAUGCACGGCCAGAGACAAAGAUCAUGUACGGACUCGGCCACGACCGAGACGGCAAUUACGAAGACAACUGGAUAAUUCGGUGGCUGUUGUGGCACGUGUUCCGCUACCGCGAUGAUCGAAACAGCGGGUCUAGUCGAAAGCGCGGCCAGUCGGCGGGCACUGACGUGGCGGUGGAUGAUGACAAUGUCUCUGAUGAUGUGCCGGAGUCUAUCAAUGAGGCGUCUGGAGUAGCCGCGGCCUUGGUCGCAUCUCAAGGGCCCGCUCGGAUGGAAGCCACUACCUCGACUGCAAAUACGCCAACGUCAGAUCAUGCCAGCACCUCACGGUUUUGGGAUCCAGUCAGGGAAGACUUCAAACGCUGA